UGGCGACCAGAGAGAGGCCGAGCAUCAUCAUCAUCAUCAGCAGCUUUUACCUCACUGCCCUUCCAGCAGCAUCUCACCUUCAACCGGCCUGACGCACAUCCAUCCACCGCCGCACCCGAGAAGAACAAACACACACAAGAGAGAAGAAACACAACAAGGAGAAUCGAGCAUCAUCACAGUCGGUUGUUUUUUUAAUGAUGUAGGGGAUCGUUUUGCGGUUUGACGUCUAAUUUAAAUCCUAGCCCGCCUCUCUGCGACAAGGAGAAACAGCAUCCAGCUGCGCAUCAAUAAAAAGAAGCAUCCUCUCUUCUCAGCUUCUUUAGGAUAAAAACCUCUCCACGCAGAAGGACGAAGUCGUUGCGCAUCCCUUGGUCGUUUAUUUUGACGGUCACAUCAGGCCCAAACAUCCUCCUCCUCCUCCUCCUCCUCCUCUUCCUCAGCAGCAGCAGCAGCAUCUCUCCGCUCAGCAUCCUUCCUCCUCCUUGAAUCUGCGCCAUGGCCGACAUCCCAGCGGAUUGCAAUAUCAAAGUGUUGUGUCGCUUUCGUCCUCUCAACCAGUCUGAGAUCGUCCGAGGGGACCAGUUCAUACCCACGUUCCAGGGAGACGACUCUGUCCUCGUCGGGGGGAAGAACUAUGUGUUCGAUCGAGUGUUUCCGACCAACACCACCCAGGAGCAGGUGUACAACACCUGCGCCAAGCAGAUUGUCAAAGAUGUUCUGGGUGGAUACAAUGGCACUAUCUUCGCAUAUGGACAAACCGCCUCCGGGAAGACUCACACCAUGGAGGGCAAGCUGCACGACCCUCACCUGAUGGGCAUCAUUCCUCGCAUCGCUGAGGACAUUUUCAACCACAUCUUUGCCAUGGAUGAAAACCUGGAGUUCCACAUCAAGGUUUCAUACUUUGAAAUCUACAUGGACAAGAUCCGUGACCUUCUGGAUGUGACAAAGACCAACCUGUCUGUCCACGAGGAUAAGAACAGGGUGCCAUUUGUCAAGGGAUGCACUGAGCGUUUUGUCUCCAGCCCUGAUGAGGUGAUGGAUGUGAUCGAUGAGGGAAAAGCUGCCCGUCAUGUCGCUGUGACCAACAUGAACGAGCACAGCUCUCGCAGCCACAGCAUCUUCCUGAUCAACAUCAAGCAGGAACAUGUGGAGACUGAGCAGAAACUGUGUGGAAAACUCUACCUGGUGGAUCUGGCUGGCAGUGAGAAGGUCAGUAAGACUGGAGCUGCAGGAGCCGUCCUGGAUGAGGCUAAAAACAUCAACAAGUCUCUCUCUGCUCUGGGAAAUGUCAUCUCUGCGCUGGCUGAGGGCACGAAAUCUCACGUGCCGUACCGCGACAGCAAAAUGACCCGCAUCCUGCAGGACUCCCUCGGUGGGAACUGUCGCACCACCAUGUUCAUCUGCUGCUCUCCUUCCAGCUACAACGACGCCGAGACCAAGUCCACUCUGAUGUUUGGACAACGAGCCAAGACCAUCAGGAACACCGCCUCCAUCAACCUGGAGCUGACGGCGGAGCAGUGGAAGAGGAAGUACGAGAAGGAGAAGGAGAAGAACAAGACUCUGAAGGAAACCGUCCAGAAGCUGGAGACCGAGCUCAACCGCUGGAGGAACGGAGAGGACGUGCCUGAGACGGAGCAGACCACGCCAGACGUGGUGACCCGUUUCGAAACCAUUGAGGACCGUCCUAUUCUGGACAACGACACCUCCUCCAUCGUGGUCCGCAUUUCUGAGGAGGAGCGGCAGAAGUACGAGGAGGAGAUCCGCAAGCUGUACAAGCAGCUGGAUGACAAGGAUGAUGAGAUCAACCUGCAGUGCCAGUUGGUGGAGAAACUGAAAGGGCAGAUGAUGGACCAGGACGAGCUCCUGGCCUCAUCCAAGGGCGAUGGGGACAAGGUCCAGGCUGAACUGGGCCGGCUGCAGGUGGAGAGCGACUGCGCCAAGGCGGAGGUGAAGGAGGUGCUGCAGGCUCUGGAGGAGCUGGCUAUCAACUACGACCAGAAGAGCAUGGAGGUGGAGGAGAAAGGCCUGCAGAACCAGCUGCUGGCUGACCAACUGUCCCAGAAAAUGGCCAGUCUGAUGGAGCUGGAGGCUGAGCUGUCUCGUAUGCAGGAAGUGAGCGGGCAGCAGAGGAAACGCAUCGCUGACGUCCUCAAUGGUCUGAUGAGGGACCUCAGUGAGUUCAGCACCAUCGUGGGCAACGGCGAGAUCAAGCUGCCGGUGGAGAUCAGCGGUGCGAUCGAGGAGGAGUUCACGGUGGCUCGCCUCUACAUCAGCAAGAUCAAGUCGGAGGUGAAGAGCAUGGUGAAGCGCUGCCGCCAGCUGGAGAACAUGCAACUGGAGUGCCACCGCAAGAUGGAGGAGACCGGCAGGGAGCUCUCCUCCUGCCAGCUCCUCAUCUCUCAGCAUGAAGCUAAGAUCCGCUCUCUGACGGAGUACAUGCAGAGCGUGGAGCAGAAGAAGAGGCUGCUGGAGGAGAGCCACGACUCCCUGAGCGAAGAGCUGGCCAAACUGCAAGACCAGGAUAAUUCCCUGCUGGAGGAGAAGGAUGGAGAGAAGGGAGAGCUGGAGGAUGGAAAUGUGAAGAAGGUUCCUCGUCAGCAGAGCGAGUCUCACCGCGGCCUCCAUCACAAGCAGCUGGCCCGCCUGCGGGAUGAGAUCAAUGAGAAGCAGAGGAUCAUUGACGAGCUCACUGAUCGUAACUCCAAGCUGGAGCUGGAGCUGGCUCAGGUUCGUGCCGACUUUGAGCGCCUGAAGAGUCAGGACAACACCAAGAGCGAGCGCCUGGAGGAGCUCUCAUUCCUGCAUGAGCGCCACGAGCAGACCAAACAGGACUUGAAGGGUCUGGAGGAGACCGUCGCCCGCGAACUCCAGACCCUCCACAACCUGCGCAAGCUGUUCGUUCAAGACCUCACGUCGCGGGUUAAAAAAAGUUCCGAAUUGGAGCCUGAUGAUAGCGGGGGGUCUUGCACCCAGAAGCAGAAGAUUUCCUUUCUUGAGAAUAACCUGGACCAACUUACAAAGGUUCACAAACAGCUGGUACGUGACAAUGCAGAUCUGCGUUGUGAGCUUCCAAAGUUGGAGAAACGUCUUCGGUCUACUGCUGAGAGAGUUAAGGCCCUGGAGACUGCACUGAGGGAUGCCAAGGAGGGCGCCAUGAUGGACCGCCGCCGCUACCAGCAGGAGGUCGACCGCAUCAAGGACGCCAUGAGGGCAAAGAACGCCCUGAGGCGUCCCCAUGCAGCAACGAUCGCCAAGCCAGUGAGACCGAAGCAGCAGGCGCCCGUCUGCUCCCCCACCAACCCGUUCUACACUUACAUCCGUGCCACUGAACAAGCCAACACCUUCAGCAACGCCCUCUUCCAGAGCAACGUGACACAGCCGAGCGCCGCCAGCGUCAACUGCAACCCCAACUCUGUCCAGAGCAACACAGUUUCCACAGCGCUGGGCUACAGAGCAGGCAGAUAUAAUGGAGACACACUGGAGUCGUUCCCACUCAACAUUGACAACGGUAACAACCAAAUCGAGAGACAGAGUGAAACGAGAGACAUCAAUGACAACAGAAGUGAAGUUCACUGUAGCAGCGAGGUGGAUGAUUCAAACAGGCACUACGUCAUUCAGCAGGAGACCGCUGCAAGUUAAUGCCUGAAGAUGACCAAACACUGUACCCAAGGACCCUCCCCUCCCAUCUGCAUGCGGCCCGUCCCUCCACUGCAUCACCGAUGAAGAUGAUGAUGAAGAUCUGUAGCCCUGUAGUCUUCAAACUAGAUGAAGCCCCUCCUGCUCCCAUGGUGACCAUUCUCACCCUCAGGUUUGGGGUUCGGUCCCUCCCAGUUCAGUCAUUACAGGAAGUAAAUGAAGUCAGAUUUUUUUUUUUAAUACAGAACGUCCGCUUGUAAUCAACUCAUCGAUGUCUCGGCCAAUCAAUUUGUCACCAGAUAUCACUGAUUACCUCCUGAGGUGGUUGAACUGGAGCGGGGCUGACUCCAUCCCUGAUGUACACACACAUGUUGUAAAUAAUAGUGCUGUAUACUCCAGUAGAGGUUUUUGACCAGCAACUGUUUGUGUGAACGCACAGCCUCCACCGUCCCCUGCACACAUCUUCUUAAGGGCAUCAUGUGGAUGACAUACUGUAGGCAGCAGACGUGACCUUUUUCUCUGUCGUAAAUAAGAGUAUAGUGUGUAACGCCAGCUUGUAACAGAAGACCCACACUCUGCAUGCAUGUCGCUUAGCGGGUUAGCUUUCAAAAUCUUUGCAUGUGUCCUGAUUCCAGUCAGGAGCUGGUAUGCUGCGAGUGAACGGUCUGAUCGACUUCGACAGAUGUCACAGAAAGAGAGAGAGCUGGUUUCCCUUUAAUCCCGAUCGUGGUCUCAGUGCUUUAGAUUUUCUAUUUUUAAAGUAAAACUGGGCUGUUGUGUUAAAUGUGGUCCAGUUUUAAUUUAAUAGAAGAGGACAUAAGGUGCGACAUGCGUCAGGGAAACCCAGCCCAGACUGACGGGGGGGGUCUGUGUCGAGGAAACCUUUUGUAAUCGCUUUGAUACUGUGAUGUUGCAGCUGUAUGACGCCAUUGUACAUUUCAGGUAAUGCUGCCCACCACAUCCAAUUUAUCGUGGAUUCCUCCCUGCAUCGCACCCACUCACCUUGUGCGUCUUCAUACCGAGCCUUAAGAAGAGCUGACUCCUCAUGAUCAAACUAACACGCUGUCAUGUGCAUACAUUUGUAAUUACUACCUCUAGAGCUACUCAUUAUAUUACAGUAUACUAUCAUCCUCUCAAACGCUGAGUAAGAGCUGAUCUUAGAGUUCCUAGAGAGCUUUAGAAUACCAAUAGCUGUAAGUAGAUUUAAAAGCUCUUAUCAGAGCAGUAGUUAUGUUCCUCUGAAGUUUCAUUCAUACACAGAUUCCUCCUCCAUCAUGUAACAGGAUCAGGACUGGGCUUCUAGUGCAGCAGAGGACCAGAAAGGUUAGGUUCACCACAUCAGGGCAGGUCAGACAGUGUCUACAGGUAUACUACAUUGAUAUUCAGAUAUUUUCCUAAACUUUCUGGUGCAUUUUCCUAUUUGGCACCUAGUAUGGCUGAAGUUACACUAUUAACUGUGUGAUCUACAUUUUGAUUUUAAAACCAGCUGAUUAGACUGUUGUCAGGAUAUUAAAUAGGCGUUAUCAGUCGCUAUAAGCACCAUAGAUGUGGGUUGAUAGGGGCAUACUACACCCACUAGUGGGUUUUAUAAUCUAUUCAAAUGGUAGAUCACCGAAAGAAGGUAUUAAAGAAGACGACAGCGACCGUAGUAAUUAUGACAGGAGCAGAAGCUGAAGUCAGGUGCUGUAGUUUAGACACAAGCCCCCAGGAAGUGCGCUGGACUUUGAAGCAAAUUUUCGUAGUGGCCAAAACGGCGUCACUACAACUUCCUGGAGAUUCAGGCUCUCUAUAUAUGGGCUGGAGGUCAGGGGCGAUGGAUGGUUUUGUUGCCUAAACCUAAAGAAGCAUUUUUGUUUGUGUUCAAAACGUAACGUUUCAUUCAAUUUUCAAACAUGUUAGAACGUAGGGCUGUCCUCGAACAAAGAAAUUCUUAGUCGACUAAC